GGUGCGGGGGAGACGAUAAUUUGUUCCGAGGUAAUGAGAACGGUGACUGUUGGCCGCGGGUCCAUUUCACAGGCCGGCCUCCUCUCCCUAACGACCUUCCUCGUCCCCGGGCCAACUCGGACAGUUUGCUCACUCACUGCAACGGUCAAGGCUGACUCGUGCCAGCGCAGCGCGCGCGCGCGCACACACGCACACACCGAGGGUGGGGGGGGCAAAACUUUCAGAAAAAAAAAAAAAAAAAUGAAAGCCUAGACCGGCUCCUCGGCGGCGCGGGCGCUGCGCGAGGGCUCCGGCGCUGACUCCCGGCGGCAGGAAGUCCCUCGGGUCGCGCCGCCCGGGUCCCCGCUCGGCGCCCGCGUGGGAUGGUGCAGCGCUCGCCGCCGGGCCCCGAGAGCUGCUGCACCGAAGGCCGGCGACCAUGGCAGCGCGCCCGCCGCCCGCGCCCCCCGCCCGCGCCCUCCUGCUCGCCCUGGUCGGGGCUCUGCUGGCGCCCCCCGCGGCCCGAGGGGUGAACCCAGGAAGCAAAUCAGCACCUUCCAUCCAGCAGGCCGGAAGAAGGGGCCGGGGAGGAGCUUACGAAAUCGUUCAGGUCUCUGUCUUGAACGGAGCCCUCUGGGAACCCUCGGAGAGCAUCCACUCUAAGAAUCAUCCGGACGUGUUGAAUAUUCGAAUACAACUGGAAAGCAAAGAGCUGAUCGUAAACCUGGAAAGAAACGAAGGCCUCAUCGCUAACAGCUUCACAGAAACCCAUUAUCUGCUGGAUGGCACCGAUGUCUCCCUCACUCGAAAUUACACGGGUCACUGUUACUACCACGGACACGUGCAAGGAUCCUCCGGUUCCACAGCCAGCCUCAGCACUUGCUCUGGCCUCAGGGGACUUAUUACAUUUGAAAAUAACACGUAUCUCUUGGAACCAAUGAAAAAUGAAACCAAUGAGUACAAGCUCUUCCCGGUGGAGAACCUGAGAGGCACCUGGGGGUCCUGCGGAUCACAUCACGGCACGUCUGCCCCGGCUGCAGAGACCAGGCUCCCGCCGCCCUCCCAGACGUGGGCAAGAAGGCAUAAAAGAGAGACCCUCAAGAUGACCAAGUACGUAGAGCUGGUUAUUGUUGCGGACAACCGAGAGUUUCAGAGGCAAGGAAAAGAUCUGGAAAAAGUUAAGCAGCGAUUAAUAGAGAUCGCUAAUCACGUUGACAAGUUUUACAGACCACUGAACAUUCGGAUAGUGCUGGUGGGCGUCGAGGUAUGGAAUGACAUCGACAAAUGCUCGAUUAGUCAGGACCCGUUCACAAGCCUCCACGAAUUCCUGGACUGGAGAAAGAUGAAGCUUCUACCUCGAAAAUCACAUGACAACGCCCAGCUUAUCAGUGGGGUUUAUUUCCAAGGGACCACCAUUGGCAUGGCACCCAUCAUGAGCAUGUGCACAGCAGAGCAGUCCGGAGGAAUCGUCAUGGACCAUUCAGACAGCCCCCUUGGCGCAGCUGUGACCCUGGCACAUGAGCUGGGCCACAAUUUCGGGAUGAACCAUGACACUCUGGAAAGAGGCUGUGGCUGCAGUGUGGCUGCUGACAAAGGAGGCUGUAUCAUGAACCCUUCGACCGGGUUCCCGUUCCCCAUGGUGUUCAGCAGCUGCAGCAAGGAGGACCUAGAGGCCAGCCUGGAGAAAGGCAUGGGAAUGUGCCUCUUCAACCUGCCAGAAGUGAAGCAGUCUUUCGGGGGCCAGAAGUGCGGGAACGGAUAUGUGGAGCAAGGAGAGGAGUGUGACUGCGGAGGGCCGGAGGAAUGUACAAACGUCUGCUGCAAUGCCACCACCUGUACCCUGAAGCCGGACGCUGUGUGCGCACAUGGGCUGUGCUGUGAAGACUGUCGGCUAAAGCCUGCGGGAACGGCAUGCAGGGACUCCAGCAAUUCCUGUGACCUCCCCGAGUUCUGCACGGGGGCCAGCCCCCAGUGCCCGGCCAACGUGUACCUGCACGACGGGCACCCGUGUCAGGGAGUCGACGGCUACUGCUACAACGGCAUCUGUCAGACCCACGAGCAGCAGUGCGUCACGCUCUGGGGACCAGGUGCUAAACCGGCCCCUGGGAUCUGCUUUGAGAGAGUCAACUCCGCAGGGGACCCUUACGGCAACUGUGGCAAAGACUUCAAGAGUUCCUUUGCCAAGUGCGAGAUGAGAGAUGCUAAAUGCGGGAAAAUCCAGUGUCAAGGAGGCGCCAGCCGGCCCGUCAUCGGUACCAAUGCCGUUUCCAUCGAAACAAAUAUCCCGCUGCAGGAAGGAGGGCGGAUUCUGUGCCGUGGGACCCACGUGUACUUGGGCAAUGACAUGCCGGACCCCGGGCUUGUGCUUGCAGGCACAAAGUGUGCGGACGGAAAAAUCUGCCUCAAUCGUCGAUGUCAAAACAUAAGUGUCUUCGGCGUUCAUGAAUGUGCCAAGCAGUGCCACAGCAGAGGGGUGUGUAACAACAGGAAGAACUGCCACUGCGAGGCCCACUGGGCGCCUCCCUUCUGUGACAAGUUUGGCUUUGGGGGAAGCACAGACAGCGGCCCCAUCCGGCAGGCAGACAACCAAGGUUUGACCAUAGGAGUCCUGGUGACGAUCCUGUGUCUUCUCGCUGCUGGAUUUGUAGUUUAUCUGAAAAGGAAGACGCUAAUACGCCUGCUGUUUACAGAUAAAAAAACCACCAUCGAAAAGCUAAGGUGUGUGCGCCCUUCUCGGCCGUCGCGCGGCUCGAACCCUGGCCAGGCUCACCUCAGCCACCUCAGCAAAGGCCUGAUGAGGAAGCCACCACAUUCCAACAUGUCGAAGGACAACGCCAGGAGGUGGCCACAGUGUCAGAAUCUUGACAUCAGCGGACCCCUCAGAGCCCUCGACGCCCCUCCGCCCAGUUCGCCUCAGCGAGUGCUCCCGCCUCUCCAGAAGGCUCCCCGUGCGCCCCUCGUCCCCGCCAGACCCCUGCCGGCCAACCCUGCUCUUCGGCAGGCCCAGGGAACUCGGAAGCCAAACCCUCCUCAGAAGCCUCUGCCUGCAGAUCCUUUGAGUAAGACCUCCCGGUUCACCAGCCCCUCCGCCAGGGCCCUGGGGCAGCCGGAGUCUGGGCUCUGCCUGGUGCCGCUCAGACCCGCUCCGAAACACCCACGUCAAGUGCCCAGACCUACCCACGCUGCCUACGUGAAGUGAGAAGCAAGUCGCCAUCUUUUUUCAACAGUGAAGACAGAAGUUUGCACUAUCUUUCAACUCCAGUUGGGAGUUCUGUGUUUUUGUACCAACUUUUAGAAUUUUUUUUUUUUUAAUGUUUAAAACACCAUUAUUUUGAGAACUUCGAGCUACUGCCGUCGGUGCUGUGCUGUGCUAUGGUGCUCUGUAUACUUGCUCAGGUACUUGUAAAUUAUUAAUUUAUGCCAAAUGCUUGUUACAGUGCGGUGCGCUGUGGGAGGCAUUUUUACCAUCACUGAGUUUUCCACGGAAGGAAGGCUUGUGUGCUUUCAGUAGUUUAGUGAACUUGAAAUAUCAUGCUUUAUGGGCUUCUGGACAGGAGGUUCACUUUCCGAUCGAGGCUUUAUCGAAGAACCAUUCCCCAGCCAUGCGUGGCUGUGGUUAUGGCACAGACACAGCCCAGGAGACCCCAGGUAGAAUGAAUGCUGAGUGAUUCUCUGGAACCCCUGAUCUCGAGCUAGAGCCAGGGGCUUCCAGUCCAGGCUGGGUGUGGCUGUCUGGCCCCGCCCACCAGCGGCUACACCUUGAACUUCCAGGAGAGCAGGGAAGGAUCUGGCUUGGGGCCAGGAAGCUUGGAAGAGAACCCGAGUUGCAGGAAGGAAUUUUAAGGUGUGGCCGCCCCAGGACAGAGCCCGGAACACAGGAGGCCAGGCAGAAACUUGACCGUGAGCUCACCAGCCGUGAGCACAUUUGGAGAGCAGGCAAUGACGGUGGCUUUGCAGAAACACUGCCCUCUGCACGGUGCUGGCCUCCGCGUCUUAUCUAGAUGGGGAAAGGUGGCGUUUCUACAAGGAGGCUCCUGCCCAGGCACCACAAACAUGAAUCUCUCCCUGUACGGGUUGGCGCUGAGCAAAUUACCACCUUGUCUUCUCAACCGUAAUACAGUGAUUCUGUGUUCAGACGGAUGGAUGAGGCUUUCCAUGGGACCAUAACUAUUUUCAGCUGUGAACCAGUAACGAGAUCUAGCGAAUCAAUCCUGUAGAUAAAAAUCUUUUAUUGCAAGGUUCAAACUUAUUAAAAAUUGGGCAGACUCCGUAUGCCUGCAAAACUACAACCGAAUGGAUGCCAUGAGGCAGCCUGCGCCCGCCGUUCGUCUAGGACAAAGAAUCCUAAGUUACUUGUAAGUUAUUUAGGGGGGCAUUCUAUCUUCCCAGCUUGGCCGCAGGAAUCUCGAAAAGAUAUUUUUAGUAUAAACAUUUGCAACCUACCUGUUGAGCGGCACAGAAUGUGAUGAGGAAAUCAAUUUCCUAAUCCUAAAUAUUCAUGAAAUGCAUUCUUGGGCCGCGUCCCCUUUAACCUUUUACUCUUCAAAUGUCUGACUGGGGAGUCAUUUCUCCACACGAUCUUGAAGCUGCCUGCGUCUAAUGGCAUGAAAAUGACAAAAAUACUCAGACAAGGAAAAAUGCCAUUAUGCCUCUGUCUUCUAGUGGGGUCAUAUGUGACUCGUUUUGACACUGGAAGGCAAUUGACAACAGUUCUGUAAUUCACUCUGAGUGUUUUGUGAUGAAGACUUCAACUGGGGUCAUUUCAACAGUUUUUCCAGGCCUUGAAGCAGAGAGACCAAAUAUACCAAGAAUCAGUUUGCCUUCCAGAAAACAAGACUGCGGUGAACUCUCCCCGUGUUCCCCCACCGUAUCUAGGCAACAUGGUAAUCACGAUCGCGGAUAAACUAACUAAAGCCAUGUCACAAACACAAAAGGGAGCCCAGCGCGAAAACAUUCCAACUCCUACAGCAUGCAUCUGUAUCAAUUAUUAAUUUCUGAAAAAGGUAAAGCCAUGUUAGAAAAUGUUACUGCUGAUGAGUACCUACAGAAUUACGGUAACUGAUAUUACACUUAGUAAUUGUAUCAAGGCCAAACCCGAUGCUAGUGAAAAGUUUACAGAAUUUUUAUGGUGCAUUAUAUUGUCUUCACAGAUGCCCAAACCCUUGGAUCUGUCAUUUUAGCCCCUCCUCCUAUGGGAGGAAGAGGGUGUGAAUUUUGUUUUUUGGGUUUUGUUUUGGUUUUUUUUUUUUUUUUUUUUUUUGUCCUUAACUGUAAUUCCUGUGCUUCCAUUUCAGAGAACCAGGAAUAGCCUGGUAUUAAAAAAGGUUAACGCUGUGAUCUUACACAAUGUCAUCGAUGGCCAUUUAGGAGCUGCAGCUGAUGACACAUUUGUAUCUCUAUAGUAGUAAUUGCUUUUAUAGAGCCAUACACGUUAUUUCUGGAUACUAGUUUAAACCUAACAUCCCCUUACAAUAUACAGAUAUUAUUAAAGGAACAGUAUUCCCAAGAUGCAGAAUUAUAUUUAGCAAUAACUUCCAUUUUAAUAGAACAUAGGAAAAGAGCCAGGUAUUUUGGGGAUGGGGGAAAGAUGAACCCCCCCCCCCUUUUUAUAGCCUUACAGAUGAUGGCAGCAAAAAUCAAUAUUUCUAUUUCAGUGCCAGUCUAUUUUUUUAAUAUGUUUUUAAAGUUUUAUAGGCAUGAAUGAGAGUUGAUUUGAGUUUAUAAGGCUGUCACUGAGAAAUUCAACGUGUCUAGACACGAAGUAGGCCCUGAGGGUGGUCACUUUUCUUCCCCUGUCUCGUUAUACGUGUAGUUCUCUGACCCCACUUACUGGAAAAUAGAUGGCUAAUCUUCCAGGCAUUCUGUUUAAGAGUUUAUCUCCUGAGUUUUUUGGUAACAGUUUGUUUUCCUGACACAUGGAAUCAGAUGGGUAGCAACCAAGAGAAACAAUGCAUAACAUUUUCCAUUGUCAAAAUAUGCAUACGGAGGUUAUACUUCCCAGUGUGAAUUUUUCCAGCUUACACAUGUGGGAUGACGUCACAGAAACCACAAAAGCAACAAAUUAAACUACAUGAGAAUAAAUACUCCUGACUGGUCUCCGAGGGGACAUUUUUAUGCCUUCUUAACUUUAGUAUGAGUUCUCAGGCUUGAACCCAUAGGCCCUUGUUCUCUGGCAAAUCAAUACAACACAUCAAUGCAUCCCCUAAAAGAAAAGCAGCUGAUGCUCUGAUCAGUGACAAGCUGUCCUUAGGAGCCUGUGAUCCCCCCUGGUGCUGGGCCAGCUGAGAAGGCCCCGGCCCCCUCCUGUCGUCUCUCCGUUCAUGUUUACUAAAUUAGCAUUCUGAGCCAAUGAGACCCUGAGAAUGGAAAGGACGAGAUGCCUGGGCAGGCGGCCGCAGCCUUCUCGUGCAAACCGACCCUUUGCACACUUUCCUCGUGAGGCUGAUUUCAUGUUAAACGUGUGCUGGGGGGGGCGGGGCUCCCUCUCCGGUGUUCUGGGAGCAGCCGGCCCAGGGCGGAGAUCCCUCCUGCUAUCGGUAGGACCCCAGCUAACCACAAGUGACCCAGAUAAACGUCAUACCGACCCUCCCCAGAAGUCUCACGCAGCCCGUUGCUGACCCCCAGGCGUGAUUCUCAAGCUGCAGACUUCAUACAUUAUGGCUGGCGGGCGGGGGACAGUGCAGGUACCAUUGUUUCAUGGCCCCCCGCCCCCCACCCCACGGAGGCCAGCCCUAGGCUGCCACACUUCCUCCCCCCACGACUCAGGAGCAGGCCCGUGAACACAUCUGGACACAAGGCAGAGGAGGCUACGCCAUCUGUUUGCUUCUCAUCACUUAGAGGCAAGCCUCUUUUCCAGAGGACCCUCCAAGGUGACAGAUUGCUGUGGUCAUAGCUACUUUAGGUCGCCCAAAGCGGGGACCGUGACACUGUGUCACUACCCCCACGAGCCCAGCCUUCUCCAGAGUGUCAGCACGGCACAAGCCCACCAGCUAUGCCCCCAGCUCUGAACCCAGCAAGAGUCCCCCUUCCAGGCAACAUCGUGCCACAGAACAUCCAUCUGUCUCGGAUGGCACAAUUCCCUGGGCACCUCUCCAGUCCCUAUUGACAUCUGUCCCUUUAAAACCUACUUUGGAACCUCUGAUAGCGAUAUGAGUAACACUAAGAAAGAGUGGUAAGCCCCGGGCUAAGAACCAGUUCCGGGCACUGAGGAUGCUUCCAGAAGCAAUCUACCUCCACGUGGAUGAAAAUCCCCUCUUUACUCUUGGGACAGCAGCGACAGCAGCCAGUCCAGCCAUAAGAGUGUUGCAUGUGAGGAAAACCUAGGAGAAGAAACGGUGCGUAUAAAAUCGCGAUAGCAGUCCAUCGUGGGCAGUGACAGCCAGGAGAUUUACCACACACUGAAAGGAAUGCUCAGUGGAUUCAGCUCUUUCAGGUUGAAUAUUCUGGAACCCACCCUGACCUUCCACAUCAUCUGCAAAAACACAUGUCUUCUAGGCUCCCCCCCCCCCCACCGUGGGUCUCCUUCCAUAAAAUAACUUAGUCCUCAGUUGAAGCACAGUUCAAAUCCAGGCAAAAUAAUAAAUACCUUGUGAUCUUUUUAGUUUUACAAGGAAACCGAAAAACAUCUAUGUUCAUGGCCUAUAAGCAAGUACUUAAGUAGGGCAGUGAUGGGGGAAAAAAAAAGCAUCAAAUGAGAAAGACAGAAAACCCUCUAACGGUCCCAGCAGGACAAGCGAUGGCAGAGCAGAUUGUUCUCUGACCUUCUCUUAGGUCAGAAUGGGAGGGUAUCAGGAAGGCCCGUGGCACACCGUUAAGUCCAAGUCUUUUUAACUCGUGGCUAUAGGCUGUUCGGCACAGUACAAAGUUACCGCUUCUCAACAAACCAGUCCAUUAAUUUCAUAGUGCUUCGUCCAUUUAUAAUGCUUCGGUUUGCUGACUUUUUUCACAUACCUUUUAUGUUACAGUCUGUUACUUUUGUACACAGUUCUCAUACUGGGGCUCUACAGGUGACAACCUGCUAUUUCCGUAGAAAAAGUUCUUGUUAAGAAUAUUAUAUCCAAUAAAUGGUAUACAGUAAACGUAAA